AAUAUACGACCUUGUUACCUAGUCAUUAGUGCCAUUAUGAGUGCCAAAGCCAGAACGAGGCACUUACAGAUUAUACUCCAGAGGAAGAACUAGAAAAUCUGCGAAAUGAAGUUGGUGUGCUGCAAAGGGCUGUGGAAAGCAAGAGUGCCGCAGUGGGCAUCCUCAGGUCAGAGCUGCAAGAGUGCCAGAGAGAGAGGGACAAGUUCCGCAUGAUGGCUGAGCAGGGAGCUAUUCACAGGUCGUCUGCACCUGCCGUCUCUAAGCCUGCAUACUCGGACCCUGGUAGAUCGGCAAUGCUCAGCGGCUCGGAAGGAACUUUGGCCCAGCUCCUGUCACAGUCCAAGGAAGAAAACAAGAUGCUGCGGCUCGAUGUGACUGAACUGAAGUGUAAACUGCAUGACGCCCAGGCUGACAUCAAGGUGCUACGGGAGGAAGUGCACCGCCUGCGAGGUGGGGAAGGCCGCAGAAGAAGCAUUGCACACACAACCGUUAGCCAGCUUGCUCAUCAAGAGAGAGAGCAGUUCAUCUCACAAAUGGAGGCUCUCAGUGCAAAAUGCCAGGCCCUAGAGGGAGAUGUACGUGGCCUAGUUGAGGAGAGGGAAGAGCUGGUGCGUGAACUGGAUGCUGCCACGCACAAGCUCCACCGACUCAACCACAUUCUCAAUACUGUCCUGUCCUCUGUGUCGAGCCCAGGAGCACCCAAGCGGAUCAUUGACCUUGAUGCCAUUAUCACAGAGAACAGAUACCUUCAGCAAAGAAUGAAACAGACAGAAGAGGAGAGAAACCUUGCACGGAGCAAUGCAUCGAAGUAUAAGGCAGCACUGGAAAAGUGCCGUUCCCAGGGAUCACUCAAGCUAGGCACUUCGGAAAACCUAAUAGUUACCCCAAAGCAAGUGGGUGAGCUGCUGAAAGACUACCGAGGUGAGGUAGGCGGAGCAGCAGAGAGUGACCUGAAAUCGUUGUGUGUUGCCCUCGUUGAUGCACUGAACCAACGAUCAAGAGCUUUAAGGACCCAGCGUUCUGCUAACAAAGUGUUGGUUGGACGAGUGACAGAACUUGAGAGACAGUUGGCCACUGGGGAUGUUAAAGAUAUAGAAGGAAUGGAUGACACUGAUGGGAGCAAGAGAUUGGCAGCAGGACCUCAGCUGGGAUCCCUUAGCCUGAUGGAUGGCUAUGUUCAUCCAUCUGGCCCCAUUCCCAAGUACUCGCAGGAGGAAAUCUUACAGGACCCGCGGCUUAUGAAGCUCUUACAGGGUAGCAGUGUUAAGGAAGGGGAAGUGAGUGCUAGGAAAGAAAAUGCUGAUCAUAGUAUUGAGAAAAAUGAAGUCAGUGUCCGCAAAGAAGACCCAAGAUGUAAAGGCUCAAGUGAGACAGGUGUUGUGAAUAAACAGAGUCCAACAAAGGCUGAAUCUCAGACUAAUGGUGACAAGACACAGGGCAGUGCCUCCAACAAAAGUGCCUCAAGUAUUAGCAAUAUAAACAACCAGAAUAAAGAACUCUCACAGGGUAACGAGGGGUGCGAGGAUAAAGAAUCAAGUAAUAAUGAAAAGGAUCAUGUAAAGGAAAGGGACAAAGGACCAGAAAAGGGAGUCUCAGAAAACCAGAAAGGUGAACAGAACAGUAAGUCCUUGCAGAAAGUCAGUAAAAACACUGGAAGUUUAAGUGUGAAUGGUGUUCCCACAAGUAAAGUAACCACAUACAUAAAUCCCAAUGAUGACCUAGAGGAAAUCAUACCCAUAGAUCAGUUGGACUCAUACAUCAAGGAGGUUCAGCUCCAGCGAAAGCAAACCAAGAAACCUGCUGCAACCUCUGACUCAAGCUCUUCUGAGAACAAGGUCAGUGAAGAGCCAGCUACCUCAAAUGCAGAAAGCAAAAUUGAUCAGCCUUCAAAAACUGCCAAUGGGACUGACAGUACAGGUGUACAAGAUAUCCAUUCACUCAAUACACAAGUUAUAGAAGAGGAAGACGAGGGUGAUGAUGAUGACAGCAGCUUUGAUCUGGACAUCAGCGACUAUGAUAGUGACAAUGACAACCUUGACGCAGCCCUGGAGGAAUGGCAGAAAGACUUUGCUCUGAAGGGAGGUCAAGGCAAAAACAAGGCCCUCAAGACAAAAAGCAGUCCAUCCAAGGAAGGGAAGCCAAGUGCAAGAGAGAAAUUCCGUCUAUUCAAGAGGGACAACAGUACAGAGACGGAACUCCCUCCUGCCCUCCAAAAGCUCCUUGAUCAAGCCACUGCCGAUGCUAUAGGCGAUGGGAUGCCGUGCACCUGAGCCUGGCACACACUGUCAGUUCUUAGGCAAUCUAAUGCAAAGCAAGCAUUUUUCUUAUUGUUUUUUUCAUUUUCACUUAUUUGAUUACACAUAUUGAGUUGUAUUGGAACACUGGUAAUAUGGUGUGGACUCAGAAGAUAAAACACGCAUUCAACAGAAAAGAUUAUGAUACUUAGAGACACCAUGAGGCCUACUGCUCAGCAUUAUACUUAAAGACUAAUGAAACACAGAUCUACAUGAUAAAACAAUAGAAAGUUAAACUGAUAUAUAUAAUAGCAUAAGCAUAUCUAAAUACAGAGAAGUUAAUAGUUAGAACAAAAUAUAUAUCUAAAGUCAUAACUGCAUAAUUUUUUUUUUUUUUUUUUUUUUUUUUUUUUUAAUAACUAAUAAGCUACUUCCAAGUUGAAACAAAAAAACAAGAGAUCUGAAAUAACAGCAACACACAAAUAAAUAUAUCUUAUACAAUCAGACCAAUAAGAGGAUAGAAAGAGAGAGUACACAAAUGAGUGUAUGAGCAAGACAGGAGUGUAAGUGAGUGAGAGUAGGAGUAUGAGCGCGAGUGCCUGGUCCUUUGAACAAAGCUGUAUAACUCGUCAGGAAUUCCCAUUUCUUGAAGACACCCACAAUAAAGGGAAACUGCAUUCAUUGUAUUCAGACAAUAAGCUCUAAAAGCUAGGUUUAUAUUAACUGAAACUUAAUACCAUCCAAGUUAUUGUAUUCUUAUUUUUUGCUUAUUAGUGCUUUAGUUUCACAGAUUUAUUCAUGUAUUCCUUUGUGAUUUUGCUUUUAUUAGCUGACUUGAUUUUUGUUUGAUUCAUUUGUAUAUCUUGGUAUUAUAUUAUAUUCCAGCAGAAUAGGCUUUUUAAGGCUUAUAGGUUAUUGUACAUGAAAAUUUUAAAUCAUAAUGUUUGUACAAAUAUUCAGAUUUGAAAAGAAAAUGAAAUAUAGUUCAGUAAUUUUUCUUCCUUCUGAUUGGAUGAAUAUUUCUUUUAGCACAAACUGAAAAAGGUCCUUGCUAAUUCAGUCAGUAAUUUCUUUCAUCUUUUAUAUGGGAAAACACUAUCAUGUAUUUACAUGCAUUUUUUUUUCUAAUUCAAUACCAAUUCCAGAGUUUAUUACAUAUAUUGUAGAUUUUUAAUUUUUAAUUUAUAGCAGUUAUAUCAAAAUAUACCUCAUAUUUGGUUCACAUACAUCUUUCAAGCUAAGCAUUUAUAUACUGCUGGUAUACAUUACCAAAAGAAGAAAAACUUAAAUGUACAAUAUAAAUAAUAAAUUAUAUUCUAUAAC